AUGUAUGUCACUCACAGAUAACUCGAGUAGGACAACUAGGCAACACAUGCAUGCAUAUAACGGAUACUGGGCGACCCCCACCCUCACUGCACUGCUGACAGCUCCCCUGGUAGCUAUCCGAUCUUGUGUCUGGAUCCAACUGCCCUCUCACUGGAUAUACUGUAGACUUGUAUGCGGACACAAUGUCUCAGAAACAGAUAGUGGAAGUAGUGGACGACGGCGGUGACACCGCCACGCUCGUAAACGACAAUGGCUUCCCUCUUCCCAACUUCCCCGAGGGAAUCGGCAUCGACCGUGUACGUUCUGUGAAAAUACGCGACGAUGACAUCCUAAUUUCAACCUAUCCUAAAUCAGGAACCCACUGGGUCUUUGAAAUAGCAAGAGAGCUCCUCGCAGGGAAGAUAAUUGACGAUGACGUCACAAAGGGACAAGCCUUCGUGGAAAUGGUGCCAGAGGAGAAGUAUGCCGACCUCCCGUCUCCCAGGUUCCUCAACACCCAUUUGCUGAUGAAACAUCUGCCAGAUGACGUUCGUAAUAAGAAAAUAAAAAUCAUCUAUGUUCUAAGAAAUCCAAAAGAUGUAGCUGUUUCUCUCUAUAACUUCUUGAGAACGAUUCCAUUUAUCAACUACAAAGGGGAGUGGAAGAACUAUCUGCGACCCUUCUUUCAGGGAAAGUUUAUCUAUGGCUCGUGGAUGGACUACGUUCUCGACUGGGAGCAAGUGAAAAAAGACAAUCCUGAUCUGCCUGUGCUGACUCUCUUCUACGAAGACAUUAAGGAGGAUCAGAUGCGAGAGAUGAGGAGGAUUUGUGAGUUCCUGGGUGUAGAGAGGACGGAUGACUUCCUGUCCAAAGUCUGCGACAACACAACUAUUGCAUCCAUGAGCACUCGCAAGAAGCCGGACGAUAGUGGAGCUAAAGUGUUUAGAAAAGGUGGAGUUGGUGGCUGGAAGAACUGGUUCACUGUCGCCCAGAACGAGUGGUGGGAUCGGCUCUACCAGGAAAGGAUGGCCGACUGCCCCCUUCAGUUUAAGUACACGCUGUGAUUUACCGAGCCUGUACUUUUACCCAGCCUACUACGAUCAAAGCUUUUAGGAACGACUUUGGGAUUGUGAACCUUAUACGACUGUGCCAGCAGUGCUGGAUGAGGAAAUCUUUAAUCUGAUAUGAUGAGUUACCAUUAUUUUGAUUCUACUCCAAGUCCCAUAAUAUGAAGCUGAAUAUAGCCUUGAUCUUUGUUUCAUUGUGACACAAAGAAAUGGAUGUGUCAAUAAAUCUUUGGUACACCAGCCUAAAUAUAUAAGACAGCUUUUCAGCCACUAACAAUAAUCCAGGUAUAUCGUGAUGGAAGCAUCCUCGGCAUCACUGCUUUAUUACAUUGCAUAAAUACUUUUGACAAACCACAAGCCUCAGCUGGGACAAACUGGAAUUAAAGUAAAUUAAGUGCGAGCUAUAUAAAGCUUAAAUAUCUACAUGGGGCGGCGGGGAGCCCAAUGGUUAAAGCGUCCUCUAGUAACAACAACAACCCGGGUUCGAUUCCCCACAUGGGUACACUGUGUGAAGCCCAUUUCUGGUGUUCCCCGCCGUGAUAUUGCUGGAAUACUGCUAAAAGCAGGGUAAAGCCUUUCUCACUCACGUAAAUAUGUGAGUUAUAUACGAGCUAUAUAAAGCUUAGAUAUGUAAGGGAGGUUUUGUGCCGCGUUUAGUAAUAUUCCAGUAUUAUCACCGCAUAAAUAUAUUGGGCAUCACCACUUUAUUACACGGCAUUGUUUCUCCUCAUCUUUGGACCCAUUACUUUGCGUAAUGUACAGAGGUGGUCGUAACGGCUGGGAUGAUGUGGGGUGAGAAGGGGGCUUUGUGAGGAGGUUCAGUUGAAACAACGCUUUUAACAAUAUUCUGCUUGUAUUCGUGGCGUAUAAUCGUAAUGUGGUAGAAAACCCCGAUUCGGUACAGGUCUUAAGAGAUUACUUACACCUGUUUAAGGUUUAUCAAAUCUGUGACAAAUUACAUGAGAGAUAUUGACAUGACACGUUAGGACAUGCUUUCCCUUUUCUUUGCGCACACGCGUGUGUUUGUAUGUAAACAAGUAUUGCUUAUUUAGACUUUCGGUCUGUAUUAGACAAGUACCGGGAGAUCAAUGCUUGUCUUUGAUCAGCCACCAUCAAAUGGCCACCGCACCACAUUGUGCUAAAUAAAUACAGGACUUUAUUGCCAACGUU